AUGCCUCGCAACCUGCCGGACGACUUUCCCGACCUCCCGUCAUUUGACGCUCGAGACUUCGAGCCACCCGCUUGGGCAAAGCAGACUUAUCAGAGGAAGGGGCCUAGCUCAGAGGAUGGAGCUUUUCCCGCUGGUGGCGAGGACGACGUUGACGAGUGGUCGGGACCAGGAUCGCCGAAGGAAGCAGGAGUUGAGCUCGAGGCUCCUGGAACAUUUCGCUUCACAACGGAAGAGUUAAAGCGCGGUCUGUCGUUGAAAAACACCGGCAACAAGCACUUUACUGCCAACCCGCAACGGCUAGAUGAGGCGCGGAAGAGCUACCUCGCUGCCAUCGACACACUUCCAAGUUGUCCACGACCUGAAAAGACGAAGUCCAAGGUGGAGACGAGUGGUCUGGCGGAGAUAACAGAUGAAGAGGCUGCGCAGAUUGACGCCGAGCGACUGCAACCGAAAGACACGGAGAGGGACAACGUGGAAGCAGAUGUCCGUGAAUGUACAAAGGCUGUUUGGGGCAAUCUUGCGGCUGUCUACUUGGCAGAGAAGGAGUAUAGACAGGCAGUCGAGGCUUGCAACUCUGCGUUCCACCGACGCGCGCAGGCGAACGAGAACAUCGAUUAUCAGACGCUCGUGAAAGUUCUGCCGGCACAUUCGCCCCAGCUGCCUGCCGCUCGGAAGGCGCUCACGUCUCUCCCCAGUAGAAUUGCCGUGCAGCAGGAGAAGGAGAAGAAUGAAAUGAUGGACAAGCUCAAGGAGCUUGGGAACGGUCUCCUGGGCAAAUUUGGCUUGAGUACCGACAUGUUCAAGUUUGAUCAACAGCCAGGCGGUGGUUACAAUAUGCGAUUCCAGAGCUGA